CGGCGAUUCGGCGAGAUGGCCUCGGACCCCAUCUAUUCCGACCCCAUCUAGGAGGCUUCCGAUGUCUGGGGGCGAGGGCCCCGCGCGCAGGCGGCUCGUCGACGCGCCUUGCGGGCCUUCGCCAGGGGCGCGGCCGGCGUGUUUUACUAUGGACAUGGUGCACGUGGUGCCGUACAGCCGGGGGACGAUAUCCACGGCGAUGAUGCUGCACCACGCGCUGUGGCUCUGGGCCGUGGCCGUGCGGCGUCCCGGCGACGGUGAGGAGGCCGCCGCCAGCCGUCGGACGCGCCUGCUCGGCGAGUGUCUCCCCGCGUGGGCCGAGGGGCUCAUGCCGGACGCCCUGGCCUGGACAUUUUGGCAGCGGGAGGAGCGCUUCAUUGACGACGGGUUCUGGGAAGCGCUGCGGAGCACCUCGGUCGAGCGGCCCUGGCACACGAAGGCGACGGUCCUCCGAUGCAUCUGCGGGCUGUGGGACGAGGAGGGGGGCGAGUGGAACUGGAAGGACUCGGACGGCGAGUCCAACCAGACCGCAGAGCGUGUACCAGCAGAGGAAGAGCGUGUACCAUCACCAGCAGUACCACCCGCGCGGCUGCACGCCCAGGCUACGGCCGCCGCCGCUCCGCACUGGUUGUUGGGCCCCGCCGUUCCAGCCGCCUUGGCGCGCCUCCGAGCAACGCGGGGCGCGGGCGUCGCCGGACGCUGGGCCCUCGACAUCGGUGGCCCAUCGUGGCUCCCCACCGUGCACUGUGUCAAGCUGUUCAGGGGACCCUUUGCCGCAGGGGCGCUGAACGGGCUGAUCGCCCCGAUCGCGAAGCUGAAGGUCAAGCUCAGGGCCUCCAGCGUGGGUGCGGAGAGCAGGUUCCAGACGGAGAUGUGGGUGCCGCUGCAGUCCGUGUACAAAGGGCUCGACCAGUCGAUAAUCCCGAUCUUCAUCGAGUGGGUCGUCGCGUACUGCGAGCAGUGCAAGGUGGACCUGCCCUCCUGGAUGAUGACCAAGAACCAGCACGAGGCCAAGAUCAAGCUGGAGGAGGCCCUGGAGUCAGGUGACCAGAAGAAGCUGCGCGAGUCAGCGGUGUUCGCGAAGCAGGCAAAUUACAAGUCCGAUCCCAGCCUCGAGUCCCUCUACGAAGAGUGCAUCAGGAAGCUCAAGGCGUUGAAGCGCUUGCCGUCAGGCUGGGAGGUGGACGACCUGCUGGGCGAGGAGGGGGAGGCGAAGAUGUUCAAGAAGAUGGAUUUCGGCACCGAGGUCGAGAGGAGGAUGUUCCAGAAGCUCUUCGACGACACGAAUUUGGGCAUUCUGACCCGGGACCGCGGCGCCCGCGACAAGUCCGGGCUGGGCGCCAAGAUGCCUAGGGCGUUCCAGGUGACGAGCGUGCAGAUGGUGAUGAACGCGGAGAGCUGGGACAGCUAUUCGCAGAGACUAGACCAG